AACAGUUGCCACGCUAACGUUAACCUCAGUUAACUAAGCAGAGUUAGCUAGGAGCAGAGUUAGGACAGAUCUGAUAACGAUUUUCGUUAGUGAGUGACGCUAGCUAGGCAGCGCUUUGCGUUUUAUAUUAUUUCGGUGCACUUUAACACAUAACAUUACUCAGCUAGUUAGCCAGGUGGAACGUGCAUGUAACGUUACUGUGUAUUGAAUUGGUCUGCUGCAGUAUUUGUGAACAUAUGGGUUUCCCACGAUCUGUAGUAACGUUAAACAGUGUACUUCCAAACGUAUCCGUAUUUGUGUUGCCGUCAUCCAUGCCCAGUCUGUUCCUGUGCAGAUACCCAUGAACCAUCAGCAAGAAAACCAAAAAAUGCACUGAAACUUCCUGUGUGAGAAAAAACUCAUUCAAGAAGGAAAGGAAAGACCCACUUCACAAAUUUUGGACGUAUGCUAUUUUUCAACUUUCAUUUUUUUUUUCCAGAAAAAAGAAGUUGAUUGAUCUGUCUUGAGGACUGUGGUUUUUGUUUUUUGUUUUGGUUUUUUUCUUAAUUUUUUGGACAAGUUUAAUUGUUGUUUAUGGACUACUGUGCAUCACAUGACACAAAGUCCUUUCGGCUUAUGGAGGAUUUUUGUUUAGCUUUUGAGCUUGAAUAUCUAUGAAAUCAGAGCUACACCUUAAAUCUGCUUCAAUCAAAAAACUGCAGAUAAUUAAAUGGGCAUCUUACAAAUGUGAUAUUAAAACAUAUAAAGAUAAAAACAGCAUUAUAAUGCAUCAUUCAGCAGCACCUCUAUUUCACUAACCAAAACUGAAAAUGAGAGCAAUGUAACAUAGGGUUUUGCUUCCUUCAUUGUCAUGUGACUUUGAACCUUUGAGCAUUAUUUUCUUCAAACUCAGACAGUCUUUCACCAGUUUAAUGAGGUGAGCAGUGGUUUUUAGUGACCUCCAUUGCCAAUAAAAGACUGUCUCUGAACACAUUUUUCUUUUCUGCAUGCGUUUCAGUAGAUCUUAAAAUGAUUGGGUAAAAGGUGAGUCGACCCAAACACAUACUGGCACACAGUGUGGCAGGACAACGCCUGUCUCUUUCCUCCUAUCUGGUGUCAAAGUGGAACUGCUACACGAACUGCUGUCCAUGUUUCAGGGCAGACAACUUUCACAGACUGCUUACUUAUAUUAAGAAUAAGACAGCCUGGCUCUUCCUCACCGUUGGGACAAAUCACCAGUCAAAUAAAUUUGUUUUUCCAAUCAGCAUAAAGUCCAAUCAGGUUUUGAGAUUUACUUCUGAUAAGAGGAAAUGGUUCAAAUUAAUUAGUGAAGUCGUCGGUCUCCCUGGGGAAAAAGUUACCUGGACUGGAAACAGUAACGCUCAGAAUUCAUCGGAGACGUGACAGGCACAGGAGCUGCCUGGGAAUCUGGUUCAAGAAGGAAAAUCUUUCCCUCGUAGACCUCUGCACUUCCGCUUUAAGAUCUACUUCCUGCUUGGCUAGUUCUCUGGAUCCCCAUUCCAGAUCAUUCCUGCAACCUUUUGACCCAUCUCCCAGUGUUUCACCCUGGACGAAGGGAUCUGCCUCCAGGGAAAGGGGCUGUGCUGUCCUGGCGGAGGUGGAGAGGGGGUGUUUGGUGUGCUGCUCCCCGUCUGUCAGUGCACACACACUGUGAACAGUGCCAACAGGCCUGAGGAACCGAGCCCAGCCGGACCGAGAGAGGAGGCAGAGGACUUCAGAGCCACAGACUCUGGGAUCCUGGCCAUGAGGUUUGAUGCCUCGAUCCACUGACCGGAAACACUGGACCUAAAUGGCGCAGCAUGACUUUGUCCCUGCCUGGCUUAACUUCUCCACACCCCAGCCUGCCAAGUCCCCUGCUGCCAACCUUGACAAACAAGGUGAGCCCCACCACCACAGAGACAGCAGAGCCGCUGUGAGCCGCCGCCGCCACAACUCCUCUGAUGGUUUCUUCAACAACGGCUCCCUGCGCGCUCCAGCAGGCGACGCAUGGCAGCAGCCUUCUUUGCUUCUGAGGCAUGACUCGGUGGACUCGGGGGUGGCCAAAGGAGGACAUGGUGGGCUGGCAGGGGGCUCGUGUUGGAAGGAAACACCCAGCUGGCAUGGAGCUCCGCGGGGUGCCCAGGACGGCCACCACCACCAGGGACGCCACCCCAAACGGGGAGGAGGCGACAGGGACAGGCAGGGGGGGCACCGGCAGCGCAAUGGAAACUUCCAUCCCCGCAAGGGCACCUCGUACCAGGACAAGUUUCCCAACGAGGAACGCAAAGACAGCAAGGACGACAAGCUGAAGUUCGUGGAAGAGGACUUUCCUUCCCUCAACCCUGAAACAACUGGAAAGCCUGGGAAUCAGAUGCGAGCAGUGGCUCCCCAUGCUGGAGUGUGGGAAAACCCCCCUAGUGGCAAACAGAUGGUGUCUAAAAUGCUGGUAAUCAAGAAGGUUUCCAAGGAGGACCCCAGCACAGCCUUCUCUGCGGGGUUUGCCACUGCUGGCGCCCUACCCACCAACGGCAACAAAGCUCCCAUCGCAGGCUCCAGUGUCUACAAGAACCUGGUCCCAAAACCUGCUGUGGCCCCCACCAAAGGCACCCAGUGGAAAUCCAGUGGUAGAGAGAUCACCAAGUCUGGCCUCCACAUGCCAGGCCGAGAUUCAGUCUUCACCAGCCCCGUCUCUGCAGCCAAACCUAGCACCCCAGUCAGUGCACCACAGCACAACACCCCAAAAGAGCACCCUUCCAGCACGACUCCUCCCAUAGACAUCGCACCGUCGAGGCUGAAGCUGAUGCGCCGCGGUCCGGACCGUAAGAGCGAGUUCCUGCGAGCUCUGAAGGACGAGGGCCCUGGAGAGCUGACGACAAGCAGCAGCCCGGGAACAUCAGGAGAGGGUGAAAGCAGCACCCCAGAGCCCAAAGCCUACAGCGAGGAAGUCUGCCAUGAGAAUGGUCUGUCCUACUCCCUCAGUGACUCAGACACCGAACACCUGUCCAGCUCCCUGGAGGCAGAGCACAGGUUGCUGAAGGCCAUGGGCUGGCAAGAGUACCCAGAAAAUGAUGACAACUUCCUGCCUCUGACGGAGGAUGAGCUGAGAGAGUUCCAGACUAAAACUGAACAGCUGAAGAAGAAUGGCAUGCAGAGGAAUGGGGUUCUCCCGAGGGCACGAGGUGUGACCCUCCACUUCACCCCCUGGAGGAGUGUGGCGGAGGCGCACGUCGAGGAGGGCUCCGAGUCCGAAACCAGUAGCAGCAGCCAGACCUCUGACGACGACGACUGCAUCAAAUCCUAACGUGGCUUUAUGGAACAAAAAAAAACAACACAACAGCCAACACCACAUCCCAGCAAGCAAUCCCCCUCUUCCUCUCAUCUUUGUUUUUAGAGCACCAUUUUGAUUUUCUUUUGUUUUGAUUUUUUUUUUUGUUUUUUUUUGUUGUUCUUGCACAAGGGAAAAACCAAUCAUAUCCCAGUGAAGGGGGAGAUUCCUGCUCCGCCAGACGUCGUUUUCCCUGCGUUUCCUCCUUCACUGCAGUCCCUGCCCUCUUUGACCCCCCUCCUCCCCUUCUUCCUUUUUCUUCCUCGCUUUGUGGAACUGAAGUGUUCAUCAAGAAAAGAAGGGCAAUGAAUGCACACUUGAUUCUGCUUCAAACAGACUAACUCAUUUCAUUGAUGAUGCUGAUGACACAUUAUUAAUGAUAUUAAUAAAAAUUGGUUCCUGAC